AUGGAUAACUUCGGUCUGUACGGUUUUGGAUCUGGAUCUGGAUCAUACCGAGUAUACACCUCCCAACUCGAUGGUUUCACACUAGAAGAAGUGACAUAUUUUCAUAAAACAGGAGCAUUCAGUGUGACUGGUGAUCCUGAUGAAGAACAAGAAAGUGAUAGAGAGACUCAAACUGGAAAAGAUUUACCACUUUCUUCUUUCAUCGGACCAAAAGGGAAGAAGAACCGUUCUGCAUCUGAUCAAGAGGUUCUAAAAUCACAACGAGAGCCUACUUUUUACGACGAGGUGUGGGAAGGGGAUCAAACAGAGUCUGGCUCAUUGGGUGAGAUAUAUGAAUAUGGAACCGAUUUGUCAGAAUCGGAAAGAAAGUUGAAGGGAAGUGAGGAAGAAUCCACCGGAGGUAGUACUUUGAAAACGAGAGGGAAGAAGAAGAAGAGAAAGAAGAAUAAAUCCUCGGUUUCGGAAGCUAAUUCCAGUUGGGAUAACAAUUAUCCGAGGAUUGAAAGCACAGAAGAAAGGGAGAUAGAUUUGAGUAGAAAGUACGUUAGAUUCAGUGAGCCGUUAUCUACUGAACCAGAUGAUUCUGAAAUACAAUUUGAUGCUGAAGAGUCUCGUGGGGAGGUGAAUGAUGAUGGUGAUAUCCAGAUGACGGAUGCUGCGUAA